CGGCGUUUGAAGUAAUUGGUACAACAGUACAGGGCACGCAGUUCCCAUACAGGUUCAGUACUUGUGGAUGCUUUUGUAAGGCAAGGUAUUCACAGUGCCCUGACUGCGGAAUCGCGCUAGAAUGGCUGGGAUUGAUUUGGAGUUGUGCCUGCAAACAGGGCAGAGGCUGGCCCGCGAAGCUGGAGUGAUGAUCAAAGAUGCAUUCAAGAAGAAGAAAAAUGUCAUGCUGAAAUCGUCACCGGUGGACCUUGUGACCGAAACCGACCAGGCUGUAGAAAAGUUUAUAUUCUCGGAGCUGCGGAAGACGUUCAGUGACCACAGGUUCAUCGGCGAAGAAUCGGUGGCGGCUGGAGAGAAGGUGGAGCUCACCGACGCCCCCACCUGGAUCAUAGACCCGGUAGACGGCACCAUGAACUUCGUGCACAGCUUCCCGUUCGUGUGCGUCUCCAUCGGCCUGACCGUCAAUAAAGAGCCGGUGGUGGGCGUCAUUUACAACCCCAUCUUGGACCACAUGUACCAUGCCCGCAAAGGUUGCGGAGCGUUCUUAAACGACGAGAGAAUAUCCGCCUCCGGAGAGACUGAUCUAAGCAAGGCGCUGGUGAUCGGCGAGAUGGGCACCAGUCCCAUCCCCGAGAAGAUGGACUGUGUCUUCCACAACGCCCAAGCCCUGGUAGCCAAAGCACACGGGUUCCGCUCGUGCGGUUCGUGUGCGCUCGACAUGUGCCUGGUUGCGUCGGGCGCGGCCGACUGCUACCACGAGGCCGGCAUCCACGUGUGGGACAUUGCGGCGGGGGCGCUGCUGCUGACUGAGGCGGGCGCCGUCGUCAUGGACACGGCCGGAGGGCCGUUCGACCUGCUGUCUCGCCGUGUGCUGUGCGCCAGCUCGCAGCCGCUGGGCGAGCAGGUGGCCUCCAUGCUGCGCCAGUACCAGCCGCCUCGUGACUAGUCGGGUCCGUGACCGAGUGGAGCCGGGUCCCCUCAGGCCAGUGGCCGGCACGACACCCCCGGCACGGCGGCCGACAGCAGCGGCUCAGGCACGACCGGCUGGUGUCGGCGGAGGUGGCGCUGCGGCGCCCUGCCCGGCCGGCGUCGGCGGGACAUGCGCGCCUGUCCUCCGCCGUAUUUUAUUAGAGGUGAGGGGCGUGUAGCGAUAUUCUCUUGUGUAGCACGUCGAACUAGAACAACGUAAUGUGUGUGCGGAAGAGUCGUAGGGUUCUUGCUCUGCCUCCCCGCUCUGCCUGAGUCUGGCUGCUUCCAUUCACGGCCAGUCCCGGAUGGCAGGUAUUGAUGUGUUGGCGUUUUUAUGACACGGUUGUUGGAGUGCUGAGACCCAGCGAUGUCCAACGUCUCAAAACUCAUCGCUACCGUUGACUUCACAGCUAACGUUCUUGACAGCGCCCGCGAACCUGAAUGUCAGUGCAUUUCUUGCGAGGCGUCGGUAUCGAUGUUCUGUGAAGCCUGGACUUCAGUUUCCAAUUUCCAUUACUUUACCAUCCAAUUUCCUUUACUUCUGUCACACUACACCUCUCGAUUUCGUCUACAAAAACUGGGUUAUGAGAUUUCCGCUUUGUGGGGCUGCGCUCUUGCAAGGUUUUGAAGGCUUUUGUGAUAUUAAUAUUUCGCUGCAAUCUUGGCCCCAACGAGGAACAUUGUAAGCGCGCUGUGGGCGAAGGCUGUCUGCCAUUCUUUUCGACUUAAAGCUCGGCACUGUGUUGCUAGUGGCACCGACUUCCAAUGGUGGUGUUCUGUAAGCACUCUCUCGCGCUAGCGCCACAGCAAUACCUCCGUUGAACAUGCGUAUAAGUAGUACAGGCCUGUAGGCUUGCCAUUAUUUCGCUGCAUUUACACUAUUACUCUUUGGGCAUCCUUGCUGAGCUCUGUUGAUUUUGGCGCACCAUCGCGUUAAAUCGGAUGAUGGGAUGGAGAGCAAACCGAACAUACUCCCUCUCUGAUUGCGGAACAAACGUUCAGUAGUAUUUUCAAGCGAUUACAUAUGAUGGAAACCAGUCACGCAGUCCACAGAGUAAAGGAAUUAUCCCAUUUUCCCAGUCUGCGUUAUUUUUUCUCAUCUGAGAGAUCGGUUCUCGUGCGCAUUCCUCUUGGCUCCGGGCGCGGUGUAGUGUACCGCUUGCUGCACGCCGGUCGUCCCCUGUUGUGUGCGGCAAGCCAGUGUGUGGCGACUGUGACGACCCGGUGUAGCCGACUGACGUGCUCAUGCGAGUGUGUCCGUAUGUGUGUGUGUGUGUGUCUGUGUGUUGGAGGGGGGGAUGGUCACUGCUGCCGGUCCAAGCCCAUGCUAGUCCGCUCACGUGCCUGCCGUAGAUCAUGUACCGAAGUGAAAUACACUGCCCGUAGUCUGUGCCCUGUGUCGAACCGGCCUGCGUGGCCGGGGUACCGCGCGUGGCCCUCGGCGAAGACGAGCAUUCCCGCUGCACUGCGUGACAUCGGUACUAGUGGACUUUGGCCGGAUCUGUGCUUCCACCGACCCAGCACUUUUCAAAACGGCGACAGAGGGAGAAAGCGUCUCGAGGAGCGCCGCGCCUGCGCUGGGACAGCGAGAACCACCCAAGCGUGGGCAGGCCGCGCCGCGUCGCGCCCAGUGUCAGGGUCGGGCGCGGCGCGCCCGCUCGUAAUGGUGCCGCUAAUGAGAUCGGCCGAAUCGAUGCGACCCGGCCGAGGCGCCGACCGAGUUCAACGUGCCGGGAUCAAAGCGACGCUGCCGGUCGUCCCAACAGGCUCCGCCAAAUGGCCGAGCAUGGAUAGAGGGCUUAAGA